GGAUCAUAAAGCAUGGAUGGGUGUGACUUGUCUGCAUGUUAGUAAUAGAGCUUGGUCAUUGUAUGUUUUGUUAGUAAUGAACAGACCGAUAUAUAUAUAUAUAUUAUAUAAUCUUUGCCCAAUUUUCAUCCGUUAACCAAUGCUUGACGAAUGCAGCCUUAAAAUGACUUGAGGUCUGUGCAUGGGGGUCAGAAUGCGAAUUAAUUCAUACUAGCGAGAGAUUUUUACGCCAAGUUUUCAAAGGGGAAAGAUGACGCCUCAUGUUUUAUUAUUGAAAUUCUAUGCAAAUGUGUGAUGAAUAAUGAUAUAUCGAUAGGCCGCCAUAUGGUUUGUUUACAGUGAGUGCUACAUUGUCAAAUAACAGAACUAUACAAUGGCGGGCUGUUCUAAAUGUAAAGACAGAAUAAAAAUGGCGAAUCGUGUGUAUAAUAUCCUGGAAGAGCCCCGUCACCAUGAAGACCCAUACACAAAUUUCUAUCGCUUUCUCACAUUCGGAGGUUGUGAACUGGACUGCAACUGCAAUUCUAAAAUGGAGACAGAAGAAGAGGAGAUGAUGUAUUGGGUGCGAGUACACCCUGGUAACAUUGCACCAACCAGGAAUUCAGUUGCUGUUGAGGCCUCCAAACAAAGCUCUGUAGGGGAUAUUGUCUUUCAGCUUGCCUCAAAACUUGGUCUACGAAGGCCUGAAAAUUACUUCCUCACAGUUGGGUUUAACAAGUCUGGUGAUGAUAUCGAGGAAAAGCGUUUGGAUAAGAACGAUCAUCCUGUGCUUAUCCAACAGCGUUGGCCGGACACGGACCAGAGCAGUGUUCCUGGUCAAACUUUCCAAUCGAAAUACAAAUUCUACCUUAGGAAUAUUUACGAUACUACUUGUAAGGUAUCAGAUGUAAACCAGACUGGACCACUUGCCUUAGACACAUUUGUUAGUAAUUUGUUUCCUCAAAUCAAUUCCAAGAAGGAAUACAAUGACCUGUGCAAUCUGCCGGAUCUCAACGAGGACCUGCUCCUAAAAAAUUUAGUGACUCGGUUCAAACAGGGUAAAAUUUAUACAUAUGUUGGUUCUAUACUUAUUGCUAUUAAUCCAUUCAAGUUCUAUCCUAUUUAUAAUCCUGACUACGUUGAUCGUUAUCAGAAUCGCAAGCUUCAUGAGCUGGACCCGCAUAUUUUUGCGAUUGCGGAUGCUUCGUUUCAUGCUAUGCUUGAGGAAAAGCGUAGCCAGUGUGUGGUUAUUUCGGGGGAAAGUGGAUCUGGUAAAACGGAAAGUACAAACCUUCUAAUUCAUCAUUUGACGGCGUUGAGUCAAAAAGGACAUGGAACGGGAGUGGAACAGACGUUGCUUGGUGCUGGACCAGUAUUAGAGGCCUUUGGAAAUGCAAAGACAGUUGUGAAUAAUAAUAGCAGUCGUUUCGGAAAAUUCAUUCAAGUCAACUACAGACAGAAUGGCACAGUACACGGUGCAAUUGUGGAACAAUAUCUUCUGGAGAAAUCUCGAAUUAUUUUGCAGUCUCCAAAUGAACGCAACUAUCAUGUGUUUUAUUAUCUUCUUAAUGGUGCAACUGAUCAAGAGAGGGAGGCAUUUUGGCUACAGAAACCGCAAGAUUAUAACUACUUAAAUCAAAGUAAAUGUUAUACAGUUGAUGGGACGGAUGAGCGAUAUGAGUUCAAUCGUCUACGACAGUCAAUGGAGAUGGUUGGCUUUUCAAAUGAAACAAUGCGAAGGAUUUUCUCGGUGCUCUCUGCUGUUCUUCACAUUGGAAACAUAACAUUCCGUAAUCGCAUGGACCAUGGUGAAUCAGUCAAUAUCAAGAAUAUUGCUACAGUGAAAGUGGUCUCGGAUCUACUUCGCGUCAAGCAAGAGACGUUGGUUUCAGCACUGACCAAGAGGAAAUCCAGCGCACGAGGUGAUCAGUUUGUUGUGCAAUAUAAAAUGAGUGAGGCGAUAGCAACUCGAGAUGCUUUAGCAAAGGGUCUUUACAGCGCUCUAUUUGAUUGGAUUGUCUUACAAGUUAACCACGCCCUUCUGGCUAGGAAUGAAAAAGGCGACCACCAGCGUUUACGUAAACAACAAUUCAAUGGUAAUUCGAUUGGUGUGCUUGAUAUCUUUGGGUUUGAAGACUUCUAUCGAAACAGUUUUGAACAGUUUUGCAUAAAUUAUGCAAAUGAGCAUCUGCAGUACUACUUUAACCAGCAUGUGUUCAAGCUAGAACAGGAAGAAUACAGGCGAGAAGGAAUCUUAUGGGAGUCGAUAGACUUCAUUGACAACACAGAAUGUCUACAUCUGAUCGAGAAAAAACCAACUGGUCUUAUCCAUAUACUAAACGAUGAUUGCAAUUUCCCAGCAAAGGAUAAUGAUGGGCACAACUUACUUGGAAAAUUCAUCAAAGAGCACAAAUAUCAUACCUACUUUGAAACGUUGCCUAUUAAAGAAGCUGCAUUUAUCAUCGUUCAUUAUGCGGGACAAGUAAAAUACCAGGUUAAGGAUUUCAGGGAGAAAAACACUGACCUGAUGCGUCCAGAUAUCGUAUCUGUACUUAAAAACAGUCAAUUUGCAUUUGUGCGUGAGAUGGUUGGCCUGGAUCCUGUGGCGGUCUUUCGUUGGGCUAUUGUGAGGGCGUUCUUCCGAGCUAUGUCAGCGUUCCGACGAGCUGGUAAAGAUCAUCGAGAAAACCCUGACAAAUCUACGCGGCCAUUAGUGAAGCCAACCAUCAGUUUGCCUGAUGAAUCUCUCAUGAGUCAAGGAAUUUUGCAUGUAGAUGAGCCUCAUUCAUGGGGUAAAGACAGUUCUCUGCUAUUGCCCUCUUCCCCCGCUAACAUGCAACCUCCCAGCCCCACUCUGAUACAGUGGAUGAGUACGUGGAAAGCGCGUCUUAUGUACGGUGACGACUAUGUUGACGCUGAUCGAUUGUUAAAACGAAGCAAGUCUUUCAAACCACAAGUACAAGUCAAGGCCCUGAGAGACUUAAAGUCCCUGAAAAAGGUGGCAGGAAGAAACAGUGGGGGUUGGAAGAGGACCUCUGGUGCUAAGAAACAACCGCCAACCGUCAGUGCUCAGUUUCAACUAUCCUUGAAUAGGUUGAUGGAGACGUUAAACCAAGCUAAUCCAUUCUUUGUCCGUUGUAUUAAAUCAAAUUCACAAAAGGAAGCCUGUAAACUUGAUGAGGAACUUGUAAUGCGUCAGUUACGUUACACUGGCAUGCUAGAAACGGUUCGCAUACGUCAGUCUGGUUACAAUGUCAGGCUUACAAAAGAGGAAUUUUGUCAACACUAUAAAAUAUUACUGGAAAAUGGUCUCUCGUCAACUUUAGAAGAAAUUCAAGAAUUCCUGAAGACAAUGAAAUUGGACCCAAAACACUACCAAAUUGGACAAUCUAAAAUCUUCCUACGAGAAUCAGAACGUGCUAAGUUACAAGAUGCAUUACAUGCUGUGGUUUUGAAACAUAUUGUAGUCAUCCAGUGGUGGAUUCGCGGAGUGCUUCAACGACGCCGGUAUCUUAGAGCGAAGCAAGGGAUAAUAACAUUCCAAGCUCUUUACCGUGGUUAUAAACAACGUCAGGUCUACCAAGUUAUCAAGGAGCAAGCGGUGCGUGAGAGUGCUGCUGCCUAUUUACAAGGGUCAUGGAGGGCCUACAAGCACAAGGUGCUGUAUAACAAACUGAAACGUGGUGUUCUAUGGAUACAGUGCUACAUCAGGGGAAACAAAGCUAGGCGAAAGAUCUUCCUACGAGAAUCAGAACGUGCUAAGUUACAAGAUGCAUUACAUGCUGUGGUUUUGAAACAUAUUGUAGUCAUCCAGUGGUGGAUUCGCGGAGUGCUUCAACGACGCCGAUAUCUUAGAGCGAAGCAAGGGAUAAUAACAUUCCAAGCUCUUUACCGUGGUUAUAAACAACGUCAGGUCUACCAAGUUAUCAAGGAGCAAGCGGUGCGUGAGAGUGCUGCUGCCUAUUUACAAGGGUCAUGGAGGGCCUACAAGCACAAGGUGCUGUAUAACAAACUGAAACGUGGUGUUCUAUGGAUACAGUGCUACAUCAGGGGAAACAAAGCUAGGCGAAAGUUGGAAGCAUUGUUGGAUGAGAGAGAACGACUGCUUGAUGAAGAAGAAAGACAGGAAGAGGAAAGACGAAUAAUGCUUGAGAAAGAAAAGGAAAACAGGGAGAUACAGAUAAUUCAGGAUGCAAAUGUUUCUAAAGCUGAAAGUGAAGAUGAGCAUUCUAUCAGGAGUGACGAGGGCGUACAUGUAGAUGGAGAGGAAGACUACGAUCCCCGAUGUAGAACCAGGACCACUGAAUCAGAAGGAAGCAGUGGUAUUCUGGAUGCAUCAUCAGGCUCUGAUGAGAAUCUUCUGGAUGACUCAUCAUACCGAAACAUACCUCCCCCAACGAAAAAUGUGCCAUCUCCUUCGCAAUCUGAGAGCACACUGACAUCUUCUCCGACGACUAUCUCACUGGAGGAAAUUGAUGACUGCAGGUCAGGUGCUGAUCCACUUAAGCCUCUUCCAAGAGUGAAGGACAUAACAGCGGCAUAUGUCGAAGGACUACAACGUAAAAAAUCAGAAGUGAUAUCAGAUUCAAAAUACCAGUUAAACUCUGGAAAUGUUGUUAGCAGGAUCAAAGAGGAGUUGGCUGGACUAGUCCAAAGCAAAGCAGAUGAGUCUUCCAGUGAGGAGGGAACUCGAGUUAGAGAGGCCAAAAGACUUGCUGAGAUGCGCGUUGAAGGGAAAAAAUUGCAAGCUAAAGAAAAAGAUGAAGUUGUUUCAGAAAAGGACUCUCAAAAUAAAGAGGAAAAAUUAAUUACAGAAUUACGAGUUGAGAGAAGGAAACUACCGUACAAAGAUGACUGGAGGAGGUCAGAAUUUUUUGAAGAAAAACGAAAGCAAGAACUAAGAGAAGAAAGAAAGAAAAAUGAAAUUGAAGAGAGAAGAAAAUCUGCGAUAAGGGAGGAGUGGUCAAGACCAGAUAUGAUCAUGGAACCUAAACAACUGGAAGUCAGGCCUGGUCACACAGGUGGUGAAUCAGAUUUUAAGGCAAAGAUACGACUUGAGCGGAGAAAAUCAGACUCUGGAGAAAAACGAUUGAACAUUGGUGUCCAAGUUGAAAGAAGUAAAUCUGAUUCCAGACAUCUGGAUAGAAAGUUACAAUUAGAGCCGAUUAAGAAGGAAAAGGAGAAGAACAAAGAAAACAUUACACCGACAACAAAACCAAAGGAAAGUCCAAGCAAGCCAACUUCCAUCUUGCCCGGUUCAUUUAGAAGAAAGUCAUCUAAGAAAGAAAAACAACAAGAUGCCAAGAAUUCGCUUUCACCGACAUCAGCUGAAACUAAACCUCGUAUUGAAGAUUCACCGGUCUCAAGGAGCCCAUCCACUAAGCCAAGGUUCAACUGGAAACUACGCUCUAAAAAGAAACGUCCCACCAUUUCAGGCCAAGUUUCGGUCGAGCACCUAGCUUUGAAAGGCCGUCCGGUGUCCAUGACACCACCAGCAGUUUCUCCAGAGGUUAAGACUAAGACGACACCUAGUAACAUGAGUAUCCAUCGAACAACCCAGUGGCGCUACCCGACUAAUCAGGUGAUCUCAGACGCCUCCGAGUUAAACCAAAUGGACGAAUUUUUGAAGGCAAAGAUUGCCGAAAUCAGCAAAAGUAAAGCUCACCAUACGCAAGUUGAUAAGGUUUUUCGCAAAGCAAUGGAUAAAUACCGAAACAAUCUACUUACUCAUCAAUCUAUGGCAAUGCAGGAUGACAAUGCUUUGUCGCUCCAGUAUAAGGAUUUGAUAUCGGAUUUUGAGCAAGUGUUACAAAACACCGCCAAACUAGAACAGAGUAAUGCCCAGUUCCCGAUUACUUUGGGCAUCAAUGCAUUCCGUGGUUUUUUAGAUGAGUUUAUGCACCACUACAAACCUGCCAAAAAGAAACAGAAAGUACAAAAAAAGAAGAAAAAGGAGAAAGAAGAUAUUAUCGAGAUCCAAGGGCAUCGUUUCCAUGGAUACCAAUUCAACAUCCCCACCCUUUGUGAAUCAUGCAACAGUUUCUUGUGGCUGAUGGAGAAGGGUCAUGUUUGCCAAGAUUGCAAGUUUACAGUGCACAAAAAAUGUAUGUCAAAGUUGAUUGGAAAGUGCAAAGGUCAACCAGUCGGCAAGCAUGGUCAAGUAUUUGGUUCUAGUCUCUCCACCUUAACCCGCGGAAGUUGCGCAAUUCCUAAAAUCAUUGAAAAGUGUAUCUUUCAUAUAGAACUGCAUGGACUUUAUCAAGAGGGUAUCUACAGAAGGCCUGGACCAGAGGCAAAGGUUAAAGAAAUUAAAUUACGGAUUAAUUCCGGAGAAGAUGUUGACUCAAUCGACCUGACGGUAUACUCAGUUCUUGUAGUGGGUCAAGUCUUAAAAGCAUUCUUCAGAGAAAUGGCUGAACCUCUGAUCACUUGCCAACUGUACGAUGAGUUUCUGCGAACCACACAGAUCAUCGAUCACAAAGAAAGGGUCGCUGCACUUCAGGAAGCCAUCGAAAAACUUCCACAAACAAACCAUGCAUUAUUUGAGCGCCUUAUUUUUCAUUUAGCACGGAUUGCUUUGAAUGAAGAGUACAACAAAAUGUCAGCCAGUAACCUUUCCAUUGUGUUUGCACCUUGCGUUCUUCGAAGCCCAAGGCAACAUAAUCCUUGGGAGGCAUUGCAGGAUGUCUCCAAACAGGCCAGUUGCAUUGAAUUGAUAAUCUCACAGCAGAUGCAAAAAGUUAUGAGUACAAUGAAUGACAUUCGAACGCUUGAGCGUGUCACAAACACAGCCAGUCUCAGACUCUCGGAACUGAGAAAGUCCAUGCAUGAACAUCGGAAGGACGAUGAAAUAGGAGUAGUAUAUCAUGAUAUUGAUAUUGAUCAGAUGGGUCAGUCAGAACAGAUCGAAGAAGCUAACCUUUUGGCAGAACACAUCAUAUCAUUAAAACAAGAAGUUAAGGACCUCACUGCUAAUCUUCCAACAUUGGAUGUACAAGCAGCAACCAAUGAUGGCUCAUGUGGGAUGCGUUCAGGUCACAGUUAUCUCAGCGGCGUAUACAAUAACAAUAAAGGUGUACAAAUUGAGAAAGGUGUUUCCUUUGAUAACCCACCUGCUCAUCAACCGCUCCCAAGCUUCAAAAAUCGCGCAACAGUUCAUGAAAAACGAAGACCGACAAGGUUUGACCGCCAUGACGCUGUAAGGCAACGACGCCCCGAAUCAUUGUCUGAUGACGCCAGGAAAGGACCGCCACCGAUUAAAAAAAGGGGUAGUAAAAAGAAAUGAAUAACAAUUCAUAUUUAAUUUAUGUACAUGUGUUAAAUGUGUUUCAAACAAUUUUCAUUGUUUUAUCCAGCUAAGGUUUAAGUCUUCAGAAUUCAGGCUUCUGUUUACAUUGUAAACAUUUUAAAAUGUUUAUAGAGGAUUUAUUCCUAGUACCAGCUGUGGUCCCUGUUGUGUAAUUGAUCAUGAAAUGCUGUUGAAAGAUAUUAUGUUACCAUACAUGUUUUCCACAAUUUAUUGUAUCAGUAUUUUUAAUGAUGAACAUCAAUGUGAAUUUUAAAUAGUGAGGAGUUGAUGCCAGCCAACCAAUCUGACAUUCCUUAUAUGUAUUCAUUGAGAAAGAGAAUCAUUAUUCUUUCUAAUUUUGGUCGGUUUUUAUCCAUCAAUUUGUUUAUUUUUGCAUUUUGGUCAAGAUAUAUAUUAUUAAACAAUUCUCACUUUAAAUAUGGAUACAUCUGGAAAAGCUUUAUUUUUUGUAGAAUUAAUGAUUUCCGAGUAUUUAAUGAACUUAAUGUUUUGUAAUAAAUUAUUCAUUGUAAAGAUAUUGGUGGAUUUAUCAGUCACCAUUAUGAAUAUCUUGGAAGUUGAACAAAAACUUAUACGUACAGUGCUCAUUCCAAAUUGCGCUGAUAUUAUUCUUUUAUAUAAUUAUUGUAAAAACAACCACAAGCCUUUGGAAGUUAUAUAAACCUGCGUUAAGGUAUUCUAUAAAACUUCCAUAUAUUUUGCUAAGAGUAUCCUGCUAUUACAGUAAUCAACUAUUUGUUAUGUGGAUAUGUAAACAACCAAUUGAUUUGUAUACAACUCAGGAAUUAUGUAACUUUUACCUUAGUAUGUUUUGAAAUAAACGCUACAGUUUAUCUAACUUUGAUGGAAAUGGUACUCUUUAUAGAUUAUCACAAAUAAUCAAACUACUAUUUAGUUUUUCCUGUGUAAAAGUUUUGAUAAUUGUAUUAUUAUUAUAUAUUCCUGAUGAUAAUGUUAUUUUUGUUGAUUUUAGAAUAUCAUUUACAUCACAUUGCUUCCAUGGAUAUAAAUGUAUUUCACUACAGCUGGGUCUGUUUUGAGACAGCAUUGCUUAGCACUGGUUGGCUAAAAUAGCUCUGCAAAGUAUUUUAUAACAAAACUUUUAAUUAUAUUACAUGAAUAAUUUAUGAAAUAGUGGGGUAUAGCCAUGUUAUUCUGAACUAUAGUAAUAGACAGUAAAAUGACAGGCAGCACUUUAUAGACUUACAAAUAUUUAUUAGCAUAAGCUAUCGUUCACACAGUGAACUUCUUCAGGUGACUGUACAAAUGAAACGUCAUCAAGCGCUUAUAAACAUGUGAGACAACUGAGUAAGGAGGAGUGUCCUCACUCAAUAUAAUCGAUUGAUGAUGUUUUAUUUGUACAGUCACCUGUUUGUGCUAAUAAAUAUUUGUUAGUCUAUAAAUUGCUGCCUGUCAUUUUACUGUCUAUCAUAAAUCCUGAUUAAAUCCUGGUAUUUAUGAAUAAAUAUUAAUUACAAAUGUUAUAUGUUGAAUACCUCCAGGUUCAGAAAAAAGUGUUUUAUUUAACAGCAGAAAUUCAGACAAGCCUGACACCUGGUAUUAAUUAUGCUGAACACCUCUAUAUUUAUGAAUAAUUAAUGUUGUCAACACCUACAAGUAUAGGCCAAUUUAUUAUGAUUUUUUUUUUUUUGUAACAAAACUUAUACCAUUGAUGAUACAUUGCAUCUUCCAUUGAUUAGAACGUGUUCCAGCCAAAAAAAAAUUGAAGAGCUUAAAAGAUAAAAAUGACCAAACAAAAUGCUAAAUCUCCAAAUCGCCAGAGAAAUUUCUUCCAAAUCAAGCUGUAAAUAGUAUUGUUGUUGUGGCGUGCAGUUUUACAUAGUGAAGGUGUGACGCUUGGCAUUAUCCGCAGCAUUAACAUAUAACCAAUCAUAUAAAGAUUAAAGUUACCAAAACAUUUUAAUACUAUUUGUUACUUAUAUGAUUGUUUUGGUAAAUUGUUUAAGCUGACAAGAUUUUUUUUAAACUUGAUUUCAGAAAAAAUUGGCCCCAAAACAUAUAUUUCCCAUAAUGCAUCUGCUGGUGGUUACUUCAUAAAAUGAAUGGAAUCUUGUCAUACUGGUUUUUAAUAGAGCUUUUUUCAAAUAUAUGCAAGAUUUAAAUGGUUGGGUUAUUUAAAAACUGGAAUAUAUUUUUUACCAUCAUCAAUUUCUUGACAAUUAUUAUUAUUGUCUUUAAAGAUUUUUUUUCCAUUACUGUUGCUGGUAAUAUUUUAAGUAUUACGUGAAAGAUGUUAAAUCUUACUUAAUUCACUGUACUGUAUAUUACCCAUAUCGUAUCCUGAAUUAUUACUAUGUACAGUUUGAAUUUAUUUAUUAUUUAUUGUUCAUUAAUAUAUUUAUUUUUUUAAGGAUAUUUUAUAGCAUUAUACACUAGUCAAGUUAACAAAGUUUCUGUAUCCAUCGAUUUUGUUUUUAUAUCCUGAUUUUAAUAGUAGUUUUAUAGAUAUAAUUUUUUUACACCCCAGUACAUUUUUUGUGAAAUAUAAAUUUUAAUAUUUUUUUACUUGUUGCCCAGAAAUGUUCAUUUUUUUUUUUGCUUAACCUUUGUUUUUCCUUUUCAUUCUUCAUCUGUCCUGCUUUGUUCUGACAUAAUUAGGGCACCUCUGUGGACACCAGCGCCUUAUUAUUAUUGUUGAUAUGAUGUGUAAAUAUUGUAAUGAGUUGAAUUGUAUGAAGGUAUCUCCGAGAUGGUGUAUAAAUUUUUAAGAUGAUACUUUUAAAUGUAUCAUUACUAUUGUUGAUGUUAUUAAUAAUUAUGACGACUAUGAUGAUGAUGGUAUUAUUAUGAUUAUCACUAUUUUGAUGAUAAUGAUUAUUAUUUUAUUCAAUUAUAACUGUUAUAUUUUUUUGUAUGAUUGUAAGUGAUUAUACAUGUACGUGAUUAGGUGCAAUACAAUGAGAAAGAGCUACAAAGUUAUCCAUGUUAAUUUAACAGCUAUGUAGUACUCUUUGCUACUUUUAGUUCAACAAUUUAUCAAGUAAUUUUGUAUUGGCAUAAAUAUAGUGAUAUAUGUGAUAAUA